AUGGCAGAUACUCGAAGAAUAUUGCAAGCUCUUAAAGAGUGUGGGACUUCUAGCGUCAUUCGGUAUUUAACAGCUGACCAUGCAAUUCCGACGGUUAGCCAGGGGAUAACAGUGUAUCUUUCGAAGGAUGCGAAAAUGAAAUCACCAUUUCACACGCCCAGAAUAGUGAAAAAUGGUGACCGAUGCCCUCAUUAUGCCUAUGUUGUUCCUGAGGUAAGACGCCAUUAUAAGCCACUAUUAUUCUCGGACAGGGCUUUAAACGACCUGGGGCUUAUUAAGGAUGACCAUUUGGUAGAGUAUUGCCAGGGGUCUAAAAUAUACUACGAUAAUGAUUCGAAUAUCUUUCCGUAUGCCUUAGCCUAUGCAGGCUUUCAAUUUGGUGAGUUUGCAGGGCAGCUUGGGGAUGGGCGUGUCUCAAACCUCUUUGAAUUGCGGGAUUCAAAGGGGCAGUGUCAGGUCAUACAGUUAAAGGGGAGUGGUUUAACCCCAUUUUCGCGGUUUGCUGAUGGGAAUGCAGUACUAAGGUCGAGUAUUAGAGAAUUUUUGGUUUCAGAAACGUUGCAUGCAAUUGGGAUUCCGACUACGAGGGCUCUACAGUUGACUCUACUUCCUGGCACAAAGGCAAAGAGGGGUAGUCUCGAAACGUGUGCCAUGGUUACUAGAUUUGCACCUUCCUGGAUUCGAUUAGGGAACUUUGAUCUUUUCAGAUGGAGAGGAGAUGACAAAGGGCUCUUUCAGCUAACUGAUUACUGUAUUGACCAUGUAUUUAACAAGGGCGAGAACUUUCCAAGAAAUCUAUCAAUUAACGUUUUUAGCUCAGAUUAUUUUCCUGAUCCAGACGAGAAAAUAUCUGAAGGCUCUGAGGAUAUAGACCCAGUAGAAGACAUAUCUCUCUAUGACUUGUUUUAUCGCCAUGUAGUCAAUUUAAAUGCAGAAUGUGUUGCUUAUUGGCAGGCCUAUGGAUUUUGUAAUGGCGUCUUAAAUACAGACAAUACGUCAAUUUUGGGUCUUUCUUUGGACUUUGGACCAUUUGGAUUUAUGGACAAGUAUCAGCCACGGUAUACACCUAACCAUGAUGAUAUCAGCUAUCGAUAUUCUUUUGAAAACCAGCCUAGUAUUAUAUGGUGGAAUCUAUCCAAAUUUGCGGAAGCUUUAGUUUUACUUUUAGGGUCUGGAACAAAGGAUAUUGAAACAGUGAAGUCGAUUCAGAAAAGAUCAGAGUUUUCGGCUGAACUAGUAGACAGCAUAUCUCAACGUGCUACAUCAAUAGCUCAUCUAUCGCGGAAUGAAUACAAAUUUCGAUUCACAGCCAAAUAUGCAGAUCUUAUGGCUAAGCGUUUAGGUAUUAGUCUCGAUCUACCUUCUUUAACCGAUGACAAUGUUACCCAAAUAGCCGCAAAAGUGAGAGAGUUUAUGGAAAAGAUAGUUUCCCCUUUGCUGGAAAUCCUCCAUGUUACUCAGGUAGAUUACAAUAAUUUCUUUGUCGCACUUCAAAACUACAAUGGUUCAUUUACAGAUAUCAAUAAUGGCAUUGAAGGGUUAGAUAAGAAUUUAGUUGAACUAUUUUUUACCAGAGAGCAAGUUCAAAAGUUGUCUGUAAAUUAUAAUAGAGGCGUUUCAGAUUCUGGUUUUUCCAAAAUAUUGGUCGAAACGUUAGGCAAACUCUUUGUAUGGACUGUCCACUAUAAACAAUACAUUCCCUCUUAUGAUAAACGAUAUGAAAUUCAAAGGAAAGUAAACCCACAUUUUGUUCCUCGAAACCACAUAUUUGAAGAAGUACUUGAUGAUAUAAUAUACCGCCAAAGAGACUUUCUAGAUGAUCCGGACUAUACUACCGAUCUUGAUCUACUAACGAAGUUGUAUCAUAUGAGUACUAAUCCUUUUGAGCCGGAGUUAUGGAAACAUUAUUUAGAUGAUAGUUUUGUUAAAAAAUGGGUACAUGGUACAACAGAAAUGAGCAACGAAAGUUGUAUGAAGCAAUGUGGUUGUUCCAGUUAA